UGUGUUGAAAGAAGACAAAAUAGAGGCCAAACGCCAAGGUAAAUAACUCAAACAGUAAAGCGCUCCGGACUCGCAUCUUCCAUUGGCUGAAGAAAGGUACAUGACCAGUGUACAUUGUGUUGUACUGUAAGCGAUUCUCAUAUUGUCCUUCCAAGCAACAACGAGCGAUAUUCACUUCCCUCCUAUCACCACCAUCAUCAUCAUCAUCAAUCACAAUGGGUCACUCUGAAUUACCUGCUCCCGUUACCGAAUUCGAUUUGGACAAACAAUCAGUUCCUGUUCCAGGUUCAGAUGCUCCAGGUUUUUCGCACAUUUAUCAAAGUGCUCUUCAUGCUGGAUUACAAACGACAGAGACAAAUUAUGAUCUUUUUGCUGUUGGUCGUCAAAAGUCUGGCGAUAAACCUUGUUUAGGUUAUCGUCCUUGGGAUGCAUCAAUCGGAGAUUUCAAAAAAGAAUAUCAAUGGAUCACAUAUAAUCAAGUAGAAGAAUUCAGAACGGCAAUCGGUAGUGCAGUGACAAAAUUGCAAAAGGACGGAAAGCUUGGUGACGGCGUUGGAAUGACAAAUUUCACAUGCGCAUUUUGGUCGCAAAACAGACCGGAAUUUCAAAUUUUUGAUCAAAGCAAUUACGCCUACUCACGUCAUACAGUCGCACUUUAUGAAAGUUACGAUCGUGAAACUGCAUCAUACAUUUUGGACCAUUCUGAAGCCCGUGUUUGUUUCACAACUGCUUCUCAUUUGGCCGAUUUGCUGAGCGUAUCCGAACAAACACCCAAAUUGAAAGCAAUCAUCUUGAUCGAAACAAACGGACCAAUCCCUGUUCGACCAGGUGAAUUGAAGACAAACCAAUUAGCACGUCAAUGGGCAGCAAGCAAAGGAAUCACACUUUUGUCGUGGGAUGAAGCAUUGGACUUGGGUCGCAAGAACAUCGUAGCCCAUAUCCCACCAAAAGAUGCGAACGAAUUAUCCAGUUUCUGUUAUACCUCCGGUACAACCGGAAAGCCAAAAGCAGCAAAGGUCUCACAUGGAGAAUUAUCCCUUUGUGCUGCCGGAAUGGCUUUAUUCUCUGGCUUGACAGGUGAAGAAAGAGUAUUGUCAUUCUUGCCUUUGGCACACAUCUUUGGUCGUUUGGCAGAAGCUACCUUUCUGCGUGGAGGUUGGCAGAUCGGAUACUUUAACGGUGAUGUGACAAGAUUGGUCGAAGAUAUGCAAAUCUUGAAGCCAACUAUGUUAUUCUGCGUUCCUCGUGUCUUGAAUCGUAUCGCCGCUCUCAUUUCCGCACAAAUGGAAGGACCAGGAUUGAAAGCUCGCUUGCUACGCACUGCAGUUGAAGCCAAGAUCGCAAACCAUGAUCGUGAUGGAUCAGUUACACAUGCAUUUUAUGAUCGUGUAGUUUUCCGCAAAGUUCGUGCCGUUUUGGGAGGAAAUUUGAAAACGAUGAUUUCAGGAAGUGCUCCUUUGCGUCCAGAUGUUUUGAAACUUUUGCGUGUUGCAUUCUCAAUCGAUUUCCGUGAGGGUUAUGGUCAAACAGAAAAUGCCGGAUAUUGUUUGUGCAUGUUGCCAAAUGAUAAAAAGCUUGGAUCUUGUGGUCCCGCUUUGCCUGGUGUUCAAAUUCGUUUGAAAGACUGUCCUGAAUUGGGCUACACUGCAAAUGACAAACCAUACCCACGUGGUGAAUUGCUAUCUCGCGGACAAAGCGUUUUCCCAGGAUACUACAAAGAUGAAGAAAAGACAAAGGAGACCUUGGAUUCCGAUGGAUGGUUGCAUUCCGGUGAUGUUGCUCAAAUUGACGAAGCAGGUCGCGUAUACAUCAUUGAUCGUGUGAAGAAUUUGUUGAAAUUAUCACAAGGUGAAUAUGUCGCAAUCGAAAACGUUGAAGGCAAAUUGAGCGCUGUUAAACAAUUGAUGCAAUUAUGGUUGUAUGGUGAUUCUAUGCAAAGUCAUUUGGUUGCCGUUGCUGUUCCUGAACCUGAUACAUUUGCACCUUUUGCUUCAAACAUUUUGGGACAAAAGAUUGCACCAACAGAUGCAAAAGCGAUUGAAUCAGCAUGCAACGAUGAAAAAGUUACCAAAGCCAUUUUACAAGAAUUAAUGAUUCAUGGUAAAAAGAUUGGUUUGAAAGGUUUCGAAAUUCCACGUGCGCUCAAAUUACGUUCAGAACCUUUCAGUCCUGAAAAUGGUUUCUUAACACCAACACAAAAGAUGAAAAGACCAGAAGCACGUCAAAAGUUACAAAAAGAACUUGAUGCUCUUUACGCUCAACCACCUGCUGAAAUCAACAAUUCAGGAAAGUUGUAAGUGUACAACCUUUGUCUGUGUCUUAUCAGAGAUGUUUUCAUGUAAUCGUGCGAAUUCAUGCUUUUAAUAUAAAUAGAUUUUGUGCUUUUGUGCUCUAGAGAGCUCUAGCUCCCGAUUGAAACGAAAGGCACAGACUAGAAGAUAAUGUCAUAUUCUCUACAUUUUCACACUUGGAAUAACCG